AUGCAUAUUCAUUUCAGUGUAACGGGCAAAAAGACGGUCUCACUUGGGAAAAAGAGCAGGAAGAACAGAUCUGAGAGAGCCGGGCUGGUUUUUCCAGUUACUAGACUACGCCGAUACAUGAAGGUUAUCAAUGCUGAUAAAAGACUCACCUCGUCUGCUCCGGUUUACCUUGCUGCUGUCCUUGAAUACCUCGUCGCAGAACUGUUGGAACUCGCAGGCAAUGCCUGUCGCGACCACAAGAAGAAGCAUAUCAAGCCCCGACACAUCCAACUUGCAGUUAGAAAUGACGAUGAAAUCAAUAAACUUCUCAAGGAUGUUCAUAUAAUGGAGGGUGGUGUUAUUCCGGGUAUUCGACCUGAGCUUCUGCCAAAAGCAAGAACUACCAGCUACUACCAUGCCUAUGACUCCCAAGAAGCUUGA